CAGCUGAUGCUGCCCAAUCGAAAAUCACUGCCGCAUUUAAACCAAACAAAGUAGCUCAAAUUUAAAUAAAAUGCUGCGAAAUGCCCUGCAUUUAGCUACCCUAGGGUUGCGCCAGAACCGAGUGACCAAAACCUCACCCAGAUUGCUUUUAAGCCUGCAAAAUAAUCCACAAACAGCGGAAAAUCUACAAGUGGCGCGCGAUUAUGCAAAGGGCAAGGACAAAAAGAAGGAAAAAGGCGGCAAGGGAAAACCCGGCAAGGUGGAAAUCAAUGAGCAGCAGCUGCGCGAGAUCCUUAAUCUGGAUGGCCUAAAUAGCCAGAUGCAGAAGUCGGUGAUGCAGAUGAAGGACGACUUUGUGAAGCACCUGUCGCUGCGCUCCACCAGCGGCGCCAUCGACACCCUGCGCAUCAAGGUCGAUGGCCAGGAGCACGAGCUGCAGGAACUGGCUCAGAUCUCGCGGAAAAAUCCAAAGACCAUUAUUGUCAACAUGAUCGGCUUCCCGCAAACGAUUCCCGACGUGCUGAAGGCCAUCGAAAAGAGCGGCAUGAACCUGAAUCCCCAGCAGGAUGGCACCACUCUGUUCAUACCCAUCCCCAAGGUGACCAAGGAGCACAGGGAGAAUCUGUCCAAGAAUGCCAAGGCCUUGUUUGUCAAAUACCGCGAUGCCAUUCGCGGCGUGCAGAACGAGCACAUCCGCAAGCUGAAGAAGCAGCCGGAACUGGGCAAGGACGAUGCCUUCGCCGCCCAGGCUCAAGUCGCUGCCAUUGCGGACCGCUUCAUCUCGGAGGCGGAUAAGUUGCUGGCCAGCAAGCAGAAGGAGCUGCUGGGCGACUAGAAC